UAUAUACCACUGAGGAACUUUAAAUAUGACUCAACAGCCAUGUCCAAAAACAGGAUAUUGCAAUUUAGUCUGCAGAACUAACUUUUCUCAAGACGAGGUGGCUGCUAACAAGUUUGUUUUCCGUGUGAAUAAUUUAUGCUUUUUAUUUUUUGCUGAAUAACUCAAUCUGUGGGACAAUAUGGAGAGUAAAUACAAUUUAACAAGACUCUUAUCAGAAGAAAGCACUUCCACCCUGUCGUCAGACUCCUGCGAGUAUUAUGCAGAGAUAUUUGACCAGCUGCCCAGCACCCAGCAGGGCAAACAGGAUACUUCAGAAGCUGGCGACGGGCUUGGACACAUGUCUAGAGGACACAAGAUUUUUACACAGCCGCUCAGGAAUCUCACCUUGUGCAUUCAAGGAAAAAGACAUGUCAGGGACAGAAGAAAUAUGCGAACCAGCAACAUUGGCUUCUGGGAGUCGUGGAGGCGGAGCCAGAGUAUCAGCACCAGGAGGGUGCGGUCUAAGUUGGGAGGAGCUAUUUCAGAACUGUUACCGUGGCAGCACACGCUGCACGUCAUUGAAGGACGUUUUGGUGUGGGCGUAAAUGCCUAUUUUGUGUUCCUUAGAUAUCUGAUAUACAUGAAUUUAAUCCACUCUGCUUUAAUAUGGGCUUUUAUCCUUGGACCUACAACAUUUUAUGGUAGAGGCAACCAAAGUGAACUAUUGAGGUUUGGCGACAAUGACUCAGUCCUGGAUUUCUUUCUCGGAUCGGGCUACCUGGAUCGAACUCCGGUCUUCUAUGGAUUCCAUCAACGUGGUUCCCUCAACUAUGCUUGUUUGAAUACUCCACUGUUGUACCUCAUUGGAAUCCUUUUUAUAUUCCUCCUCAGUGUCGUCAUGGAGAUUCGUAGAACAGCAUUUGGCUACAAGCACACAUGGAUGCUGGGAAAGCGUUCCAGAAUGAAUGUGAGCUUUAAGAUCUUUUGUGGCUGGGACUUCACCAUCCAGGAUGCCAGCACAUCAGCGCUCAAACACAGCUUCGUGAGGAAUGAUCUCAAGCUAUACUUGCAGGAACAGCGUUUCUCCCAGUAUGAGGCGAAGAGGACAACGUGCCAGUGGGUGCGUCUCUACCUGCUCCGGAUCAUCCUCAAUCUCCUCGUCUUGUGCCUGCUGGGUGGAGCUUUCUACCUUAUUUACUUUGCCACUCACACGUCACAGUCAAUCGAAAAGAAAAUGCACCACUGGUUAGUCAGAAUCGUCCUCCAGUACCUGCCUCCAAUGACCAUCACUUUUGUCAACCUCUUCCUCCCUCACAUUUUCCGAAAGAUUUCAUCUUUUGAAGACUACUCUUUCACCGUGCAGGUUAACGUUACGCUAGUGAGGAGCAUCUUUUUGAAGCUGGCCUCCCUGGGAAUCUACUUAUCUUUUAUCUUCACAGUACCACAAGAACAAUGCUCAGAGAAUCAAUUUGGAAGAGAGAUGUACAAGCUCUGUAUUUUUAACUUCCUUGCCACUUUCUGCAAUGCCUUCUUCUUCAACUAUCCCAGGAAGCUGGUCCAAGAGAAGUUCCCUUCAUCAUUCCUGGCUCGGUUAUGGGGGAAGCAACUCUUCUUGGUCCCCUUCAAUGUGCUAGAUCUGGUUUAUGGUCAAACUGUGUCUUGGGUGGGCAUCUACUUCUGCCCUGUGCUGCCUUUGAUAGGAACUGUCACACUGAUAGCGACAUUCUACAUCAAGAAGUUCACAGUCUUGCGGUGCUGCAUCACAGAACAGAGGAUGUUUCGAGCCUCUAACUCCUCAGUUUUAUUCCACUUCAUGUUGAUACUUGGCCUUUUCAUGGCCCUCACAGCCCUGAGCAUCACCCGCAUGCAGCAGCAAAUCUCAGUGGACAAUAAAUGGGUCUCUCAAUAUUCUCCUUGUGGACCAUUUGCAAACAGCCGAAGCGUGUUUAACGUGGUAGGAGUGUGCGUGGAAAGUCUUCCGAGCCUGGCACAAACCAUUUUACGCUCCCUGACUUCUGAGGUCUUUGCUGUAUCACUCAUACUUGCUGAGAUUAUUAUCUUAACCUCCUGUGUGUCACGAGGACGAGCCAAUCAAAAGACUAUUGAAAGACUUAAAGAAAUUCUGGUUAUGAACACUGCAGAUAAGCGUUUCCUGGUGAAAAGGCAUGUUGUAAUGCUCCGACAUAAGAACAUCCACUCUCAGCAGCCCGGAAGAAUACCCUCUCAACCGACAUGAGCCAUUGGCCUUUUUUUUCCCCCCACCGAAGUUAAAAACAUUUAACAUAACCACGCUGUAUUUGAACAUCAUACUGUUAACGCUUUCAUUUUCUUUAUCAUGUCAGACGAACAAAUUAUGUAACACCCUUUCUUUAUUGAACACAUAUGCUGUAUUUUCGUGUUGGCCCGAAUAUAAGACGGUGUUUUUUGCAUUGAAGCAAGACUGAAAAAGUGGGAGUCGUCUUAUAUUCGGGGUCUAGACAUUAUACCCAUUCACGACGCUAGAUGGCGCCAGAUAUCAAUUAAGCGAAUGCUGAACUUUAGGAGUAAUGUUCUUUCAUGAUAGAUCUCAGCUACUCAAGUUUAACCAGUUUGCAUUAUUUUAUUGCAAUGUUUUUCCCUUUUCAGAUUUGUUUCAAGACUACAGUUACAGUUAGACUUCACUUUGAACGUUAAUGCAGUUAUUGCAAUUUUGUUGUUUUAUCACAAUAGAUCUGUUUAUUUACAUUUAAAAAAACAGAAGCCAUUCAUUUACAAAUGUGACUGCACUGUAGUUUACAUAUUUAAAUGUUCAGAUAUCAAGAUUUGAAUGAGGCAAAAUAACAUGCUUUUUCUCUCAAAUAUAUUGUUAUAAUCAUUUGUUUCGGAUGUACUGUAAUUAUUUUCUGUAUAAAAAUUAAUUUGGUGUUCAAAAAGACUUUUUUUCAAACUUGAGUCUUGAAAAAGAGGGGGUCGUUUUAUCAUCAGGGCCGUCUUAUAUUCGGGCCACUACGGUCAUUGUUUCAAAAUGUGUUUAGUUUAUCUGAAAUACUUCAGUUUGCUUGUCUAUGCGUUUGUAAGCCAAUCCUUAACAUUCAAAGUACUCUUCAUUAAAA